AUGGACGGUCAUCGCGCGCCGUCAUUGCUCGGUUCGUUGGACAAGAAGGAUCCUGGCCUUGAUCUCACGGACCUGGAUCGACAAGCCAAGGCCAAACGCGUCUUUGUCCCGCAACCACGACGGGUGACAUCUCCCGAAUUGAUCUUUCGUGGCGCUUCCCUUGAUCGGUACGAAGACUAG